AUGGCCGGCCAGGGAAACAAGACUGUGACGGUGUACAGGGUCAUCAACAUCUGCAUCAUCCUGACACUUGCCUACAGCAUCCUAUGCAUGGCUGUGUUCCUCAGAACGAAAAGAGCCGUGUGCUCAACAACAUCUUCGGGAGUUAACCUCUCGAUUGCAUUUUCCUUGCCUACCAUCAUCACCAUGGGCGUCCGGAGUUACCUCAUGUUCCAACAGAGAAGCAAAGCUUUGCAGACAAUCUCACCCGCGACCGUAUCACCAAGGCUGGCAGCAGCCUGCGCCACUUGCGUCCAAGUCUUAGUGUUUUUGUGGAUGAUCCUGGGUUGUGUCAAUCUUCUGGUCGCGCUGCGAGCGCCUACGUGCCUGCGAGAGCCGUUGGAGGAAUGGCAGAAUGAUUUGCAAGGGCAGAACUGGAGAUACGGGCUCUCCUGCCGGCUGCACCGUGCCCUGGUGGCAUUGUCGGUUCUUAUGGCCAUCUUCAUUGCCUGUCUCUCCUUUCUGGACCACCAUCACCCAUAUCGUCGCGGAACAGGCGCCUUGAACUGUUACUGCUCCUGCGUAUCUCGCAAAGCCCCCAAGGUUCCUGCUCCGGCGCUGUCGGUAUCCAGUAGCCUUUCUGCCUGGUCGGUUGAGAAGAACGACCCUCAUCUCUUCCUCGUCCCCGAAAGCCGCCAGAGCCGACUCGAGCACGAACAAUGGCUGCAGCGCCGCAACAGCUUGUCGUCGCAAAAGGCCAUCUAUCCCCACAAAUACUACUACUACGACCACCGCCACAGGUACCAACCGUACGCCUUGUCGCAGAGCAGCCGGUACUCGAGUACCCUGCGCUCGGUCUCUGAGGGCCGGUCCUUGGACCUGGGUGACUGGAAUUCGUCCCUGUGCUCCUCGCAGUCCUCGACCUCGGGCGAAAGGGGAGACCUGCGCCGAGAUGCUGCGAUGAUAUCAGCACAUGGCAACACUGCUGUCCUCCCCGAUGUUCCACCUCUUCCUGCCGUCCCGGCACCAACUUGGUCUCCGGCUCUGCACCAUACGCCACUGAGCGCAGAUCCUACGAUUCGGGCUUUGAGCACCGGGUCGGGCUUGACACUGUCGCUGUUGCAUGCAAAGGUGGCGCAAGAUGUGCUUGCUGCUCAGGCUGGAAAUGCCAAUACAUCAUCCACCGUGGCCGGUGCUCCCUCAGCAAAGCGUGAGGACGCUGACGCAUCACCGGCCUCGACGAAGAAUGUCCAGAAGAUAACCCCGAAACCCAUAUCACCGAGAAAGACUACGCCGCCGCCGAUGCCUUCCGUCCCUCCACCACCUGUCCCCUCUCAUCCUCCAGCACUGCGAACGGUGCCUGCCAUCCCAGCCCGCGCACCGGGCCACCACCUCACAACACUUCCCACGGCGCCAACACAGGCCAUUGUUGCCGGCAGCAGGCCCACCACUCGUUCAAGAUCAGCCUCCACAUCAGCCACUCGGUCGUCGCGCGCGAACCUCCGUAGGCCCAGUCCCAUCCGGUACAGGCACUACCACCAGCAGCACCAUCCGCACCUCCAGUACCACUCGCACGGCGGCACGGGCGUGAGUCAGACCCAGCUGCUGCCGCUGCAGCAGUACCAGCACCAACGCGUCUGGCGGCGCGAGAACAGCACGAACCCCUCCAGCGUCUACUCGGCCAGUAGCUACGGGACCGAGCGGACCACCUCGAUCAUGACGAGGGGGAGCACCAGCACCAACUCCACCACUUCUGCCCUCACGGGACAUGUGCUGGCGGCGAACCGGAGACCUGGCGGUGUCGUGGCUACCGCUGCAAUGCGGCAGUAG